AUGCUGCUCUUUUUCCUGGUAGCUAGGAUGAUUAUGAGUGGCGGUGGUACUCAAAUUGGUGAAACGGACAGCUGUGACCCCAACGAGCUAAAAUUGUGCGUUCAAAUGAUUCCCCGCACUCCCAUCGGACUUCCAAAAAACAAGGCCGACCUUGAUGCCCACUGUCGGGCGUAUCACACAGGAAUGUCGUGUAUGGACGUCUGGAUCAAACGCUGCUUGCCCACAGAUGGACAAAAGUUUGUCCAGCAGCAAAUAGGUGGUGCGCGGGCUCUGAUGCGUUUCCUUUGUUCGAAUGAAACUGCAUUAAGGAGAGACUUUCUAAGGGAGACUACGUGCUGGAAAAUGGUGUCUCCUGAGUGGUCGCACUGUGUUGACGAACUACAAAUUGCAGUCCGCGACAUUGUUGAGCGUUCGCAACAGCUUGCUUACAUCAACAAAAACUCGGAACUAUGUUGUGCCCGCGAAGACUUCGUAUCUUGCGUUGCUCACGCGGGUCGCUCUUGCUCCGACAACGCUGCCACGUUGCUCAGGCGUAUGGCAUGGGUGCUGGCACAGGACGUGGCUGCCUGCAGCCAGCACGCGCCUGCCUACUGCGCUGCCUCCUUGCCCUACGCAGCGCCCCUGCUCACUCUCACCGGCAUCAUCCUUUACCAGGCUCGUUUU